AGGUCUCUACAGGACGGCAUCAUGACGGGCGACUUGGUGGUCUUCAGGGGUCUGACAUGGGUGAAGCAGGCGGCCAGCCGAGCCCCACCGGGCGGCCUGACCGGCACCGGGAACCACAGGCUGGUCAACUUCCACCACAGCGCCAGAUCAGCAAGGGAGACGUUCAACACACGAAAAGAUGUCCACAGAGCGGCUACAGCUCACCUUCCCAGAUACUCGGCUAUGGCCGCCUCUUUCAGUACCUGCUUCACCGGCAGCGUGAACGACCGUCAAGGGAGCUGCAGUGGAAGAUCUGUGACCAAACGCCUGAAGUGCCACAGAGACUGGUCAGGUCAGCUGUUCUCUGGACAUACAAGGUUAUUUAACCAGGACAACUCCACAGUGGGACGGCUGACGUCGGAGGAUAUCGAUAAAGCGAGAAACACCAAGAACAACUUCAAGCAGCACAGACAAGUGCUGAGUGAAAAAGCUCGAGAGAGGAAGGUGCCGGUGACACGGAUCGGCAGGCUGGUGAAUUUUGGAGGUCUGGCAAUCGGCCUCGGAAUCGGAGCAAUGGCAGAAUUUGCCAAGAAGAGUUUCAAACCCAAAGAAGAAGGUGGUAAAAAAGCCGUGCUGGAAUCAAAUACCUUCCUCUCUGAGGCCAACGCCGAAAGAAUCGUCCGGACGCUUUGCAAAGUUCGAGGUGCCGCUCUGAAGCUCGGACAGAUGCUCAGUAUUCAAGAUGACGCCUUCAUCAACCCUCAGCUGGCUAAAAUCUUUGAGCGCGUUCGACAGAGUGCAGACUUUAUGCCAACGAAGCAGAUGAUGAAAGCCGUCAGCAGUGACCUGGGCCCAAACUGGAGGGACAAGCUGGAGUAUUUUGAGGAGAAGCCGUUUGCAGCGGCGUCCAUCGGUCAGGUGCAUUUAGCGAGGCUGAAGGACGGAAGAGAGGUCGCCAUGAAGAUACAGUACCCUGGAGUCGCCAAGAGUAUCGACAGCGACGUGCAUAAUAUCAUGACCGCUCUGAGUUUAAGCAACGCUCUGCCUGAAGGUCUGUUUCCUGAACAUCUCAUUGAGGUCAUGAGUCGUGAGCUGGCGCUGGAGUGCGAUUACAUAAGAGAGGCAAAGUGUGCCAAACAAUUCCAAGAGCUGCUGAAGGAUCACCCCUUCUUCUAUGUGCCCGAUGUAAUCGACGAGCUCAGCAGCCACCACGUCCUCACCACCACGCUGGUGCCCGGUUUCCCUCUGGAUCGGGCCGCCGACCUCUCCCAGGAGCUCAGGAACGAGAUUUGUGAGCAGAUCUUGAUGUUAUGCCUGAGGGAGCUGUUUGAGUUCAGAUACAUGCAGACUGAUCCCAACUGGUCCAACUUCUUCUUCGAUCCACAAGCUCACAAGGUGGCGCUGUUGGAUUUUGGAGCAACACGAGGAUUUGACAAGAGCUUCACUGACACCUACAUCGAGAUUAUUAAGGCAGCUGCAGAUCGGAACAGAGAACUCGUCCUGCAGAGAUCCAGAGACAUGAAGUUCCUCACAGGAUACGAGACAAAGGUGAUGGAGAACGCCCACGUGGACGCCGUGAUGAUCCUCGGUGAAGCCUUCUCCUCCGAGGAGCCCUUCGACUUCGGAGCUCAGAGCACCACCGAGCGAAUCCACAGACUGAUCCCGGUGAUGCUGAGGGAGCGGCUCACCCCGCCUCCGGAGGAAACCUACUCGCUGCACAGGAAGAUGGGCGGCUCCUUCCUCAUUUGCUCCAAACUAAAAGCUAAAAUCGCCUGCAAGAGCAUGUUCCAGGAGGCCUACGGCAACUACUGGAGGGACGGACGGCCCCAGUCCGCACACUGAGGACGGGUUUUGGUCAAAGCAGGAUUUUCUAGGAUUGUUUGUGGUAUGUUGAACAGUUUAACUCGUACAUUCUUAUCUGGGAAGAUAUUUUUGGGAAGCCUGAGCCUAAAGCUUCCCUCGUGUUGCCUUUAUCUGUUCUUUUUUUUUUUUUAUGAAGUUCUGCCAAAAAAGAAAGGGGAAAAAAAGAACAAAGUCAUAUCUGUGUGCUUCCUAUUCGGUCGCUCCUUUAAAACCAGGACCUCCGUCCAGACUAACUGUAGUUUUACCUUCCAGCAAUACUGUCUGAUGAACAUUUGUAUGUUACGUGUUUGAAUGAAUGUCUUGUACAACCUCAUAUGUGCCUGUACGGUGUGAGGAUUUGCUCUCCGCCUGACCAGGAUUGUCAAUUGAAAUAAAUUGACACUGAUGCUGCAAAAACAAAAUCAAUUCUAGGAAAAAGAAUUUUUAAAAACAUGCAGACUUUUGUUUUGAAGCUACAAAAACAGAUCUGAGCUGACUCAAGGUUGAAAUAUUUGAAGAUGAGUCAAAUGCAGGUGCAAGAUGUCAUGAAAGUCAAACAAAGGAAAAGUCACAUAAAUAUGAAUUUGUAGAUAAAAAUUAAUGGCACAAAAAGAUGCAGCCAGCUUUGCUGAUUAACAGAUUACUGAACGAAGCUUCAACAUGAUCACUGUACCAGCAUGAGUAAACAGUUUGAUUUCCUAGAAUUAAAAUGAGAGAUAAUGACAACAUGUUGACUAGUUGUAGUAAUUAGGACUUAGAUGUUUUUAUUCCAGGUAUUAUAAUGUCAGUCUGACAUGUCACAAAGACUGAAACGUGUAUUUGAGUUUUGAUUGGUUGAAAUAACAGCUGCAGGUAUCUA